AUGUCAUACGGGCCCCCUCAGGGUCAACCUCCGUACGGAGGAUAUCCUCCUCAAGGACAGGGCUAUGGCCACCCUCCACAGCACGGCGGAUAUCCUCCUCCCCAGGGUGGUUUUCCCCCUCAACAGGGCGGUUAUGGCGCUCCACCACCACAACAUUUCGGUGGUCCACAGCAAGGCGGUUGGGGUCCUCCUCCCGGAGGCCCUUUCCCAGGUCAAUAUGGCGGACCUCCACCACAAGGGGGCUAUGGCGCCCCUCCCCCUGGCGGCUUUCCCCCGCAACAAUACCAGCAAUAUGGCGCUCCUCCCGCGCAGCCCUCGCCCGGUUACGUCCUCGGCGCGCAGGCGCAAGGUGACGCGUCGCGCGACGCGGAAGCGCUGCGUAGCGCAAUGAAAGGCUUCGGCACGGACGAGAGAGCGCUGAUCCAGAUCCUGUCGAAACCAGACCCCUUACAGAUGGCACUGCUGAGAAACACCUACAAUCAGCGCUUCCACCGCGACCUGGAGAGAGACAUCAAGUCAGAAACAUCAAAGUAUUUCCGUGACGGGCUGGUCGCGCUUGUCCAGGGCCCGCUCAUGCACGACGUACACAGUGUCCACGGAGCGAUCAAAGGGCUAGGGACGAAGGAGUCGGUGCUGAACGAUGUUUUGCUGGGUCGAUCGAAUGCCGACAUGCGCGCCAUCAAGCAGGCGUACCAGCAGACGUACAGAAAUACCCUCGAAGCAGACGUCAAGGGGGAUCUAUCGAUGAAGACAGAGAGGUUGUUCGAGUUGGUCAUGUCGGCCACGCGAAAUGAGGAGUCCACGCCCGUUAUCCCCGCAGAGCUCGAGCGUGAUUGCUCGGAGCUACACCGCGCCAUGGACGCCCGCGUGGGCACCGACCAGCUCACCGUGUGCACUAUCCUAGCAAGACGUUCUGAUGGCCAGAUCCGCGCCAUUGCACAGCAUUGGCACCAGAUGUACCGUUCGUCCCUCGAAAAGGUGAUUGAGUCCGAAUUUUCGGGACACAUGAAAGACGCACUGGUCUUGAUGGUUCGGAGGGCGAGUGACCGCGCAAUGUCCGACGCCGUGCAGCUGGAAGAUGCUAUGGCGGGGCCGGGCACCAAGGAUGUUUUGCUCGUUCAACGGGUGGUCCGGGUGCAUUGGGACAAGAUGCAUUUGGACCAGGUCAAGCGGGCCUACUCGCACCGAUACAAGAGGGAUCUGAUCCAGAGGGUGAAGGGCGAGAUCCAUUUUGACAAGUAUUACGAAGGGCUAAUGGUUGCUCUCUUGUCUUGA